CCCCCCCGGCCCCGGCUCUGAAGACGGGAAAGCGGCAGCGCGGCGGAGGCAGCGCGGCUCGCUCUGCGCGUUCGCAUGGAGGGAAGAAGCAUGUCCCGUCUGUCUCUAACACGGUCCCCGGUUUCUCCUCUGGCUGCUCAAGGAAUUCCUCUCCCAGCUCAACUCACCAAGUCCAACGCUCCCGUGCACAUCGAUGUAGGAGGACACAUGUACACCAGCAGCCUUGCUACCCUGACAAAGUACCCAGACUCCAGAAUAAGUCGUCUGUUUAAUGGCACAGAGCCUAUUGUCUUGGACAGUUUAAAACAACAUUAUUUCAUUGAUCGAGAUGGGGAAAUUUUCAGAUACAUAUUAAGCUUCCUAAGGACAUCUAAGCUACUGCUCCCAGAUGACUUUAAGGACUUUAAUCUUUUAUAUGAAGAAGCAAAGUAUUACCAGCUGCAGCCAAUGAUUAAGGAACUUGAGCGAUGGAAACAAGAGAAAGAACAAAGGAAACAUUUCCAGCCUUGUGACUGCUUGGUUGUGAGAGUGACUCCAGAUCUGGGGGAAAGAAUUGCAUUGAGUGGGGAGAAGGCUUUGAUAGAGGAGAUCUUCCCAGAGACCGGGGAUGUCAUGUGCAACUCUGUGAACGCGGGCUGGAACCAGGACCCCACCCACGUUAUCAGGUUUCCCUUGAAUGGAUACUGCCGGUUGAACUCAGUGCAGGUGCUGGAAAGAUUAUUUCAGAAGGGAUUUAACGUGGCAGCUUCCUGUGGUGGUGGGGUGGAUUCCUCCCAGUUCAGCGAGUACGUGCUGUGUCGCGAGGACAGACGACCACAGCCCACCCCAACAAUCAGAAUAAAACAGGAGCCCCUGGACUAGACCCUCCCUGUCCCCCUUUGUAACCGUAGAAGUGUUUAAUAGUCCCUGAUGUGAAACACUAAGGAUUUGCAAAACAGUAUUAGCAAACAGAUUUUGACUUUAUGUUGCCAAUUAGUGGUAUUCUGAAACUACCUGUCACGUAGCCAGCCAUGGAAUGCAUUUGGAAAUCAGCUGUCUGCUCACGGUGGAGCUCCUGGGCACGCUCGGCGCGGCAGGGCUGGGAUGUGCUCUGGGCUGACCAGCAGUGGUGUGGAACAGGCAAAGCUUGGGAAACCCUGGCCCUGGACUGGACUUCUGCAGCAAGAGCCAUGGAAGCAGUGGAACCGACCAGCAGGAGCCCAGGGACACCCCAGAGCUGCGCUGCGGGCGCGUCUGCGGGAGGAAGAACCCCAAAACCUGCACUGAGACCCUUCCCUGACUGCUGGCCCUCCUCCAUAUCAGACGUGCUUCACACCCCAGCACCACGCUCACCUGGUGAUUGUACUCACCCACAUGAGCAAAUGGCUUAUUUUUAUACUACAUUUCCAACUGAGGUCUCUCUCUGUGAACAGGAUCCAGAACAAGAAAAGGACUGAUUCGUAGUCACUGGUGCUCAGUACUUAACCCCCUCCCCAAACCAAACCAAACCAAACCAAACAAGUGACUGUAAAUUAGACAGGCCCACUUAUGGCAAUAUUUGCAACAAUAGGGAUCUGGAAGCACAAAAUAAAAUGCCAUCCACCAUCACACGAGGGUCACACACCCCACAUGGAGCUGUAGCUCUUUUAAAGCCAAUCUUGUUUUGACACAACAUCUGUUAAGUUCUGCAUCAUCAAAGAAGCGUGGUUCUACCAGGCAAGCCACCUCUUCUUAAUCAUGUACCAGCCAUCUUAGGAGCCCACAUUUAGGAGGAAACUUUAAGAAUUUUGGACAAGCCUACUCUUUGUGGGCCUGGAAUUCUUGCAAAGAGUUGUUAAAACCCUGUAUUGCCAUUGCCAGAUGAAAGCAGGCCACCUUCAGUUUAAA